AAAACAUAGACUACGUUUACGGUUAAAUUUUAGUGUUCGAAAUGAUAAAGCUUUGGAUGGGACAGGUAACGCUGGAAAUGUGAGCCAAAUACGGUGUUGGGGAAAAUAAAAGAGGUUUUCGUGUGGUUUCACGCUACGAAAACAGCUUGUUUUCGUGAAGACGUGCACAGAGGCAGAGUCUCACGCGGACAUGACACGGGCCAGCUGAGCGCGUACGACGGGCGUACGUGAUGCGAAGCAUGUCAAAGGACUUCAACUCCCAGAAUCCGCAGUGCCCACCGCCACUUCCUGAAAAUCUGGUCACUGUCACAGUCACAGAGAGGAAGAUGUGGAUCGCGGCGGUGGACUGAGUUUUUCGUUGCUGACUGCAGCUGUUGGAUUCCGGGAGUCUCUGCUGGACUAUGAGCUCCAGUAAGACUCCACGCUACAAUCGUUUCUCCGGAGGAGCCACCAUUGCCAGCGCCAGUAUCCCCUCUGCAGACAGCACCAACGGGCAGACGAGAAUGGAGACCACUUUCGGACCUGCGUACUCAACGGUUGCCACCAUUACUAAAGCUGAAGCAACCAGUAGUUACAAACAACAUCGACGGACACCUUCCACCUCAAGCACCAUGACCUACUCUCCACGUGACGAGGAUGACGGCAUGCCCCCCAUCAGCACACCUCGUCGUUCUGACUCGGCCAUCUCCGUGCGCUCCCUGCACUCCGAGUCCACCAUGUCACUGCGCUCAACCUUCUCGCUGCAUGAGGAGGAGGAGGACACGGAGCCCCAAGUGUUUGCAGAGCAGCCAUCGGUCAAGCUGUGCUGCCAGCUCUGUUGCAGUGUGUUCAAGGACCCCGUCAUCACUACCUGCGGGCACACCUUCUGCAGACGAUGUGCCUUAACGUCAGAGAAGUGUCCGGUGGACAACGCUAAGCUGACUGUGGUGGUAAACAACAUUGCGGUGGCAGAGCAGAUCGGUGAGCUCUUCAUUCACUGCAAGUACGGCUGUCGUCCAGCCGCCACCGGCAAGCCUGGAGCUUUCGAGGUGGACCCGCUCGGCUGCCCCUUCACCAUCAAACUCAGUUCCAGGAAAGAUCAUGAAGCAGGCUGUGAUUACCGGCCUGUGCGUUGUCCCAACAACCCCAGCUGCCCCCCUCUGCUAACCAUGAACCUGGAGGCUCACCUGAAGGCCUGUGAGCACAUCAAGUGCCCCCACUCGAAAUAUGGGUGUACCUUCAUCGGGAAUCAGGACACCUAUGAGACCCACCUGGAGAUGUGCAAGUUCGAAGGCCUGAAAGAGUUCCUCCAACAGACGGACGACCGUUUCCACGAGAUGCAGGUGGCACUAGCUCAGAAAGACCAGGAUAUUGCCUUUUUGCGCUCCAUGCUGGGAAAACUGUCGGAGAAGCUGGACCAGCUUGAGAAGAACCUGGAGCUUAAAUUCGAUGUUCUGGAUGAGAACCAGAGCAAGCUAAGCGAAGACCUGAUGGAAUUCCGCAGGGAUGCCUCCAUGCUCAACGAUGAGCUCUCCCACAUAAAUGCCAGGCUAAACAUGGGCAUCCUCGGAUCUUAUGACCCGCAGCAGAUAUUUAAGUGCAAGGGCACCUUUGUGGGUCAUCAGGGGCCAGUAUGGUGUCUGUGUGUCUACUCCACUGGUGACCUCCUCUUCAGCGGCUCCUCCGACAAAACCAUCAAGGUGUGGGACACCUGCACGACAUACAAGUGCCAGAAGACUCUGGAGGGCCACGAUGGCAUCGUGUUGGCCUUGUGUAUUCAGGGGAACAAGCUAUACAGCGGCUCGGCCGACUGCACUAUCAUAGUGUGGGACAUCCAGACACUGCAGAAAGUGAACACGAUCCGUGCCCAUGACAACCCUGUGUGCACGCUGGUGUCUUCACACAACAUGCUUUUCAGCGGCUCCCUCAAGGCCAUAAAGGUAUGGGACAUCAUGGGCACAGAGCUCAAGCUGAAGAAGGAGUUGACGGGACUGAACCACUGGGUGCGGGCGCUGGUUGCCUCUCAGAAUCAUCUUUACAGUGGUUCUUACCAGACCAUCAAGAUCUGGGACAUCCGCUCACUUGAGUGUGUCCACGUCCUGCAGACCUCCGGAGGCAGCGUGUACUCCAUUGCUGUCACCAACCACCACAUCGUGUGUGGUACCUACGAGAACCUCAUACACGUGUGGGAUAUUGAGUCCAAGGAGCAGGUGCGAACCCUCACUGGCCACGUGGGCACGGUGUACGCCCUGGCAGUCAUCUCCACACCAGACCAGACCAAAGUGUUCAGUGCCUCCUACGAUCGCUCGCUCCGAGUGUGGAGCAUGGACAACAUGAUCUGCACCCAGACACUGCUGCGGCACCAGGGCAGCGUUACUGCUCUGGCCGUUUCACGGGGCCGCCUCUUCUCUGGGGCUGUGGACAGUACAGUGAAGGUUUGGACCUGCUAAAACAGCUUCCUCCUGUCAAGAUUCUGCCCUGAAACUUUGAACAAACAGUUCUGGAACUGCCUUCAUGGUUAUUGUUUCUAAGAUGAUUAGUCGACAAUGCCAAGCUGAUGUUUGCCUUUUUUUAAUUUAAAAUUGAUUUUUUUUUUUUCUUUUUUAUUUUUACUUUUAAUGUAGCCAUAGUGAGGCUUUUUCAUUUUUUAUGCAAAUGUAAACGCUCAGUGCUGCAGAAGCACUGCAUCCCAAAGGCCCUUGGCAUUGAUGCUGCCUGUGAUGCAGGCUGCUUGAACCCACUCUGAAUGUCGAGACCGUUGUGCCCGGUCAAAGCGCAACCCCCCUCCACAGGUGACACAUCUUCUGAACUGCGUUCACACCUUGGGUGUGGAGUGCGGCAAGGCUGUGAAGCAUCUGCCUUACCUGAGAAUGCAUACAAACUCGUCUGGCCCUCCCCCAGUCCCAGAUAGACCCUAUCUGUCCCAGCCCCCCUCUCUGCUGUCUAGUGACACACACUAGAUUCUGACUGGGUGCCUCUGGCUUUGCCAAACAAACUCUAUCAGCUUUCCCCCAAAACUUGGUGCCACAGUGAGAUGUGAAGGUGACAAAGACUUUCAUUGUUACCAUCCUAAAUGGGGGGGGGAAAAACCUUAAUUCAACUGUCUGAUUGCAGUCAGACAUAUAAUGGAAAACGUUGCUGGAUGUUCAUCUUUGUUCCGCUCUGUGGCUGGAAGACAGAAGACUCGUAGAGUUGGCAGAACCUGCGGAUGACCUGAAACAAGUUGGCUUUUCUCUAAUGGAAGGAGGCCAUAGUGUUCGUUGGGACCCCCCUCACCUCUUGUUCCCAGCCCUUUGAUGGAGAUGCUGUAGUUUGGACGAUGGCUUAAAUCUGUCCUGAACGGUUUAAUCUGUGCAUAGGAUCAGUCGCUUCGGCCUGUUUUUCUUCGACGUAACGUAUCUUUUUUAGACUCUAGUCAAAAAUGUUGCAUUAGGUGUUACUGAGAUGAGAGGAAAAUGAUCAACUGAAAUUGUGCAGAUGCCAACAGACUGUAAUUGUGAAGCUUUUUUCACAUUCUUGGUUCAUUGGGCAAACUGCAAGAAGCUGCUUUAAUGUGAUUAACAAAAUAUUUUUAAACUUCAAUGUGCUGCUGUCUAUUUUAAAUAGGCUUUUUAAAAAACAUGUAAAAUAAUUAACGUAGAGUGUUUUUAACCUAAAUGUAUGCUUUGUUCGGUGUUCCUUACAAAAGGUUGGGAAAGUGUGGCUGUUAGGCAGCAUCGCGGUCACCAGAGAUGAGAAAAUGAGCACGAUGACUUGGGCUGUACUGAACGUUCAUUAGAUACUUAAGCGGUUAACGAAAUGAACAUGGCUUAUGAAAGCAAUGCAUGAUGAUUUGUUUUCAGUUGGAGAACUUUUGUAAGGAAACACUACAGUGUGUAUUUGCAGUGCCAAUGACAGGUAUAAUUUUAUGCUUUCACACUCUGUAUAGAUUGCAAGUUGUAAGGUACGAUUUCUAUUUGAAGGGGGGUGGGGGGUUGAAUGGGGAUCAGAGGUAUUUUUUUCCCUUGGCAAUUAUGUACAUUCACUUGUAUACUUUGUUAAUCAUGAUUUUACCAUUAAAGCAGUAUACACUUUU